GGCGCAUGUGCUGUGUGGCCCAGCGUCUCCACCUGUGUCCAGUACUCUCAUAGCUCCCCAGCCACGCCUCCAGGUCCUCCUACACUACAUCAUCUUUAUUUAACUGUCCGGAGUAAUAUUUUCAACAUGAAGUACAUCUUGGUGACGGGAGGAGUGAUAUCCGGCAUCGGGAAGGGUGUCAUUGCAUCCAGCGUUGGUACCAUCCUGAAGCACUGUGGCUUACGAGUGACCUCCAUCAAAAUUGACCCUUACAUUAACAUUGAUGCUGGAACCUUCUCCCCAUAUGAGCAUGGUGAAGUGUUUGUGUUGGAUGAUGGAGGAGAAGUGGAUCUUGACCUGGGCAACUAUGAGAGAUUCCUGGAUGUUACUUUACACCGGGACAACAACAUUACCACUGGCAAGAUUUACCAGUCUGUCAUCAACAAGGAGAGACAGGGAGAUUAUCUUGGAAAAACUGUACAGGUUGUGCCUCACAUCACUGAUGCCAUUCAAGAGUGGGUGGAAUCAGUGGCACAGCGUCCUGUUGAUGGAGACUUGGCAGACCCAGAAGUGUGCAUCAUAGAAUUGGGAGGCACCAUCGGAGAUAUUGAGGGCAUGCCGUUCGUAGAGGCCUUCAGGCAGUUUCAGUUUAGAGUGAAGCGAGAAAAUUUCUGUGUUGUCCAUGUGUCUCUGGUGCCUCAGCCAUCAUCCACUGGUGAACACAAGACUAAACCUACUCAGGCCAGUGUACGUGAACUACGUGGACUAGGAUUAUCGCCGGACUUCAUUGUGUGUCGUUCAGAGAUGCCCAUCGACCAGUCAGUUAAACACAAGAUAUCAAACUUCUGUCAUGUAUCACCAGAGCAGGUAAUUUGUUUGCAUGAUGCUCAAAGCAUCUAUGAAGUCCCACUUAUGUUAGAAGAACAGCAGGUGUCGCACCUUCUUAGUGAUCGCUUGAGUUUAAACCUCGAUACUCACCGACCGAGAAAUUUCAUGAAGAAGUGGCGUGACCUUUCUAUCAAGCAUGAGCAUCUGCGAAACACUGUUACUAUUGCUCUUGUGGGCAAGUACACACAGCUUGAAGACUCUUAUGCAUCGGUAAUCAAAGCUUUGCAACAUGCUGCUCUCGCUUGCAACCGUAAACUGGACUUAAAAUGCAUGGAAGCCGAAGAUCUAGAAGAAGAGGCCAAGAAUACUCGGGCUGUUAAGUAUUACGAGUCAUGGCAGAAUGUCUGCAAGUGCCAUGGAAUCAUUGUUCCCGGAGGAUUUGGUCAGCGGGGAGUGGAAGGGAAGGUGGCGGUGUGUAAGUGGGCCAGAAUGAAUAAGAAGCCAUUCCUUGGAGUUUGUCUUGGUUUACAAGCUGCUGUUAUAGAGUUUGCAAGGAACGUUUUGGGAUGGCCAGAUGCUAACAGCCAGGAGAUAUGUCCCGAAGGUAGUCGUCACGUUAUCAUUGAGAUGCCAGAACAUAAUCCUGGGCAGCUUGGAGGCACCAUGAGACUAGGGAAAAGACAAACCUUAUUUAAAACCCACGACUCAAAGCUGCGACAGCUUUAUGGCAACGUAGAUUAUGUUGAAGAGCGUCACCGACACAGGUAUGAGGUGGAUCCUAAGAUGGCUUGUGAUUUUGAGUCUGCAGGACUAAAAUUCGUGGGUCAGGAUGUGGAGGGUGAACGGAUGGAGAUCAUGGAGCUCGAUCACCACCCAUACUAUGUGGCCUGUCAGUACCAUCCAGAAUACCUCACCAGACCUCUGAAGCCUUCCCCACCAUACCUUGGGUUGAUUCUGGCUUCCUGUGGCAAGUUGGAGCAGUAUCUGGCUCGUGGAUGCCGCAUGUCCCCCACCGAUUCUCCAGAAUCAUCUGAUGAGGAGCUACCCAUGCCACCACAUCUUCUAGUUAAUCAGACGGACAAGCCCAGCAUGUCUCCUGCACGUCGUACCCCUCCUCCAUCGUCCUCUCAGAAGUCUGCAUCUAAUUUGUGUGAAUCUCUUUCCCCCUCUUGUUCCACUCCCAAAAAAAGGAACACUGUAGAUGCUGGGUUUCAGACACAUGAUCAAGAAGCAGAAUAAGAUAGGUUACAUUAGCAGACAAAUAUUAGGCUGUAGGUUAGUAAUAAGGUAAAGGGACUGAAUAUUAGGGUCAUCCUUGGUGAACAAUAUAUUUUUAUAUGGUUUUUAGUAGUUUGAGAGAAAAAAUAAUUUAAUUGAUGUUAUAUUAGUAGUAAAGAUAUUUGAUGAAAAUCCUGUAAUAUGAGCAUUGAUGUGAGUAAGUGAAGGUACAGUGUGUCAUUUCUUAUGUAUGUACAGUACUGUAUAUUGUUUCUUUAUUUGCUGAGCUACAAAAGGUGCACAACUUCAAUUGAAAUUCUGAAAAAAUUAAGGAAAUAAUUGUUUCAUUAAACAUUAUAUUAUAUUAAAGCAGAUAGUAUUCUUUUACUCAUUUAAAGAGCCAUUCUAUUAGAGAUGAUUAGUUAGGAGGUGCUCCAGGUGUACUACAGGUACUCCUUGAGGUAUGGAAGCUCAAGUUAAAGAAAGUCACAUUAACAUAAUCCACAUACUGUAGUCUAGUUUGGAUAUCUGGAAGAAAACCUUUGCAUAAAUGGUAAAAUCUUCCAGAAUUUUCUGUAGUUAGAGAGAAUGGGGCUAAAUGUACAAGUAUUGCCAACCUUCAGUGUUUAAUAGAACACAUUAAACCCUCUACAGUUUUUACAUGACGGAUGUGUUCCUAGAAAAUACCACAUUAGAUAAAUUAGACUCCUCUAUUUUCCCAUUUAUAUAAUGGUGGGUGCUUUGUGUUUUUGUGCGACACUGAUCUAAGCACCUGUAGUGACAGCGGAACAUGAAUUUUUAAUUAAAAAGGUGACGUAAAUUUUAAAUGAUGCAGUUGUUAAGUGAAAUGACAUAAAAAAUAACUAUGUAAAUCAGAGGAUUUACUGUAUAGACUAAGAUAACACAGUAUUAAUAGCUAUCUUGGCUGAUGGAUGGCUGGUGCUGCACCUGCACAGCCACACUUUACAAUUGCUUGUACUGUAAGAACAGUUUUCACUACAGUAAACUGUUUUCACGGUCUAAUAAAACAAACUGUUUAACAUUUAAUGACCUUACAAAUAUUUCACUGUACUUUUUAUUAAGUAUUAGGGGGACAGACUCAGGCAAUUCUUUGUUUAGCUUUUUUGGAUUGUUUUCACAAAUUGGCCUCGUUACUAAUACAGGUACUUUGGCCUCGUUACUAGUACAGGUAGUUUGGCCUCGUUACUAGUACAGGUAGUUUGGUCUCAUUACCAGUACAGUAGUUUGGCCUCAUUACUAGUGCAGGUACUUUGGCCUCGUUACUAUUACAGGUAGUUUGGCCUCGUUACUAGUACAGGUAGUUUGGCCUCGUUACUAGUACAAAUAGUCCUUAGUUAUUGCAAAUUCCUGUAUAUUAUAUACUUUCAGGAGAUAAGCAUCUCAUAGAACCUUAUAGGUGAUGGGCGGCCUUGUGAGGGAGAGCUCUCAUUGAGUUGCUCAUUACCACAAGGUGAUGGGCGGCCUUGUGAGGGAGAGCUCUCAUUGAGUCGCUCAUUACCACAAGGUGAUGGGCGGCCUUGUGAGGGAGAGCUCUCAUUGAGUUGCUCAUUACCACAAGGUGAUGGGCGGCCUUGUGAGGGAGAGCUCUCAUUGAGUUGCUCAUUACCACAAGGUGAUGGGCGGCCUUGUGAGGGAGAGCUCUCAUUGAGUUGCUCAUUACCACAAGGUGAUGGGCGGCCUUGUGAGGGAGAGCUCUCAUUGAGUUGCUCAUUACCACAAGGUGAUGGGCAGCCUUGUGAGGGAGAGCUCUCAUUGAGUCGCUCAUUACCACAACGUACACUAUUCUUGGUGGUGGCAGCGGCAGGUUGAUAAUCCUUGUAGAUGCCAGAGACGACCCACAUGAACAAAACUGUUAAUUGUAUUUUAUAUUGUAUUUCAUGUUUUCUAUCUAUAUAUUUAAGUGUUUCUGUAUAAAAAUUCAGUACAUGGACCCUCAAAAUUCACAGCCAGAAAUAGAUCCCACCUUUACCUGUAUAUUGUUUCUUAUGGGAAAACUUUUUUCACACAUCGGUAUUAAUUUCACACAUCACAAGGGUUUUCAAGCUCUUUACCUUUACAAUGAACGAGGACUUCCUAUACAGUAGUUUUAACAAAUAUUGUUUUUCAAUGUAAGUACAGUAGUAAUGUCCAUAAUGUUUGGUGUUAUUUUUAAUUGUGGAUUUAAAGAGUCUUUGGUGUGUUUUUAGUAUAUAUUGUCAAUAUAUAUAUUUUUUAAUAUAUAUAUAUUUUUUGUGUGUGUGUGGGGGUUGCCCGAGGGAACACAUCUCCAAUUAUUUACAGUAAUUGAAAUCUACGUAAGAAUAAGUUAAGAAAUCUGAACAACUUUUGAGGACUGAACUCUUCUAUAUCUCAAGGGCUGCCUGUACUGCACAGUACGUAUACAUGUGUUGUAUUUCAUGUCAGGUUCUUGAAAAUACAGGGUGGACCAAUUAAAGUAAACCAUGUUGAAAAUGAAAUAAAAAUUCGUGAAAUGGA